CCCAGCAACUGUAUUUCGUUUCAUCCUAAGCCCCCUAGCUUAAUCAUUAAAUUAUGUCCAUUCACAAUAUCCUCAUUUCGCGAUCUUGCGGCGAGGCUCCACUUUCUGGCCGCCCUGGUGAUUACAACGUUCCCCUGCAUUGCGCGCAGCUACUGCUGUGCCCUGUCCCUCUCGUGUCUUAGACAAAGCGUGCGCUUUCAUGUUUUCCUGCACCCGGCCUGACCACAACAACAUCACCACCACCCCCUCCGCACACACAGUGUCGAGCAUUGUUAUCCGAGCCCCCCAUUGUUCUUCUACACCCUCUGCCUGCUGUGCCUAGUUCAUAAUGAUCAACUCAUACUCUACCAUGUCUCCCUCACCCCUACCUUCCGACCAAGUGUGCAAAUCCAGCUUCAGUCCGUUCCGAUCCCCCUCGCCUAGGAAGAGAUUCGCCCACGAGCGCAACCAGUCUGAGGCAGUCCAGCGGCCACGGCCUAUGAGCAUUUCGAGCAACUCGCCAGCAGUCCAGCAUAGCAAACGAGCCUCCAUCUACGUCUCGGACGCUUCCGUCAUCCUUGCCCAGCGCACACCCAUGGCUUCUCCUAUCUCGUCUCCCGACUCCAUGUAUGACCCCGCCCUUGAAAGCCCAGAUGCCAUCGACCACUACGCCAUCCUGGAAAUCACUCCAAAGGCAACUACCGACGAGGUCAAGGCUGCCUAUCGCCGGUUACGGGUUGUGUACUUUUCAAGCGAUGCCAAGAAGUACCGAGCCCUACAGGCUGCCUUUGACACCUUGAUGAAUCCCGAGACUCGCGAGGUUUAUGAUGCAAACUAUCAACCCCGUCCAGCUGCGCCUACGUCGCUUGCCAGUAUCGGCGAGAUCCUGGAUCCUGGAAAGCAUUGGCGACAGGACAGCGCCCACGGCGACGAUCCCGCAAUUCCAGAGGAAGAGGAGGACGAAGAGGAGCAACUCCGGCAACUGCAGGAGGAACCGGAAGAGCAACAGGAAGUCCGCAAUAACGACCCGAAUUGGGGGCUGAAACAAUACAGCCCUCGCUAUGAGCCAGUUCUCGGUUCGGAGCCAUACAUGUCAUAUGUUCCUCUGCCUACGAACCUGCUGCUCUUUUGUAGAGGACCAACAUACGUAGGCAACUUUGCAUUCAACGCACGGCCGAACUAAGGCGCUCUCCUACCUCAUCCACUACCUCUAACUCUCCCAAACUACAACACAUGUCGACAUGGCAAUUGUCGAUUUUCUUUACGAUUUCUUACACUCGCUCAAGCCUCGCAUUUAACGGUCUUAUUUCCUUUUUUUCUAUAUAUCGUGUCACGGGUGGCAGUCUGUCUUUAUCACUCUCGUCUUCUCUCUGUACCUAUUCUCUUUUGCGCUCUCUCCGCGAGUUACCAUGUUCCCUUCCAUCCAAUUGAAGGCCCUUUUUUUCAAAGUUGCGUCAUAUAGAUUGACCCUAGAUAUCCCCUCCAGAUACUGAAUGAUAAUGUAUCCAAUAUAUAAAUUCCACUCACCAUACUCUGAGGGUCAGUGUCUUGGCUGUUCGUG